UUGUUGUUAGUUUUUUGUUAUUGUCAUGGGGUAUCCUUGUUUGCUUCGCUUUUUUUCUCCUAAGCUGUUCAGAGAAUUUGUAAUGCUAUAGCAUAAAGGAAAACACAGCAACAAUAGCAGGGUAGUAAAGUCCCAGCAAGCAAACUACAGCAAGAGAGGAUAUGCCCAAAUACAGCAGCCGUAGACAAAGAAACAAAAGGAGGGGAGAAGGUGGCAGAGGAGUCUACUUACCUUUGCAAGGCCUCAGCUAGGCAAGGACCUCCUGCAAGAGAUACUUUCACCUCCACUGCCAGCCUUUAAAUGAGGUCUGGGAAGGACUGGAUCCUGGCUCCACUCCUUCAGGUCACUCAGGGGCAUUGCAUGCAGCUGAGCUCUCCUGGGUUGGCCCUGCCUUCCACCAGGUGCUCAAUCACUGUUUGAGGCUGUGAUUUAUCAUUUCUGCUACAGGAUUGCACCUGACAUUUCCUUAGAGAGCCAUUAGAACCUUGAAGAUGACAGAUAACAGCAGGCAGGAGCAGUCAAAAUGGAUAACAACAGUUAUUAUGAGUACAGGUCUACAGAAUCACGAAAUCUCCACAGUUCUACAGAGGCAACACCGAGUUCGAUAUUCAGAAUCAGUGGAAAUCGGCUCCGUGAUUUUUUCUCUUUCUGGUGUUGCAUUUAUACUGGUAGACAUUCAAGACUUGUUUGUGAGAGGGGAAGAACAGUUUUUAGAAAGAAUUCAGAAGUUUAUAAACAUACAUCGGAAUAGUUUUCUGGUUUUGUCAGCUGCUCUCCAUGGACCACAAGAAUGGAAUGUAAUGUUUAGGAUUCAGAGAAGAUUCCUGGGAAGCAAUUUACGUAUAAUACCAGUUCAUAAUACUGCUGAAACUGUUAAGUUGAUGCUAACUAUAGCUAAGAUGAAUUCCAAGCCACGCGCAGAUGAUGUUUCUCAGAAAAUGGCAAUGACAAAAACCCACAUAAUAGAAAACAGUCCAGUCUGGAAGGUGCUUCAGGAGUACCAGAAGUUGCAUAGUAAUUAAUUGACUGAGAAGUUUUAUUCAUAAAGUAAUUAUAGCAGCUAUACUUUAAACAAUAUAUAGAAAGUUCUUAAAUAUCCUGUUACAUUUUAAAAAACUAUAUACACAAUUUACACAUUUGAAACAAAUUUAUAUUAAAUAACUCUACAGUGAAAAAUACUAUACAUUAUACAUAUAUAUAUGCCUUCUAACGAAAUAAAAAUGUAGUUUAACUGCACUAAAGAGAUGUUAUCCUGUUAUUUGGUUUGAUUCUGAAUGUGUGCAUUCAUCUGUUUAUAAUAAUUUCUCAAAUUAUGUAAUAAAUCUUAAGGAAAACUUUAUCGUUAGAGAUAAUGAUGACCAAAACAAUUUCAAAAUACAGGUUUGCCAUGUUAAAACAGCUGUGCAUCAAGCCUCACACAGUGCAUUUUUAAACACAAGUUUUAUCUGUUCUUUUACUGAGUUUAAAUAUCUUACUCGGUUCAAGGCUGCUGUGUUUUUCUUUAAACCUGCU